CACGUUGCUAGGUUCGUUCCUGGGACAAGCUCUUGUUAGAAUGCCAUUAGAAUUCCUUUUUCUAUACAAUGUUAAGUUAUGUAAUUAUGUUGAAUGAACGGAAUUAUACUACCCUUCAAGUGGAUUCACUUCGCGUUGGAGUUUGAAGCGUACAACACAGAGCUCCCUCCCCGAGAAAGAGCGAGCCAGCGAGCGAGCGAGCUUUUUAGAUUUGAAUUUCAAGUCAAUUAACCCGUCGGAAACUCAAUUCGAAAAUUCAAUCACUCCCUCAGCGUUCCCGCGCUUGGUUUUUCAUCUUCCUAAUCUAUCUUCCACCAUCUGCCUUCGGAAGUGUUUGUGUGUGUGUGUGUUAGUGUAACCUGAAUCCGUCGUGGGCAACGUGUAGGAAAGCAGGGCGCAAGUCAUGCGAUAAGGAAAAACCAUCCCUCCGGUUACCGGCCUCGCGUGGAAAAUCUAAAACUCUAGCACAUGCCCCCUCUGUGAUUUGGUCUGCAUUUCCACACACUCACCGACGCUGCUGUGUUUCUAAGUGUGUGUGUGUCUGUAUAGCAGUUCAAGACGAAGCAACAGAGCUCGGUGUUCUGAUAAGCAUUUCGAAGCGAAGAAAUGCAGACAUACGAUAGGGAUGAGCGGAACGAUAAGGGAAGCCAUACCUUCUCUCGUUGAAUCCAACUAACACAAAGCGAGAGAGAGAGUGUGAGAGAGUGAGAGGACACGCUCGCCACAGAGGCCACAGAGAAAGUUUGUCCUUCGCGGUUAUCCUACACCCCCGCUUACCCCGCCCCGCAUCUGGUCUCUUGCUACUCCGUACUCCGGCGCUACGUACGAGACCGCGAGAGUGCAGUUGCGCACUUGUGCUGCCGAGGCGCGCGCACGCGUUUGUGUUGGUGGCGCGUACGACACGCCGUUCGACGGCAUUUGUGGCUGAGUGUGUGUGUGUGUGUGUGUGCGAGUGCACUUGUACACGCUCUGGUGGGACGACGGUUUUUCCGAGCCGUGUCGGUCAGUCGACAUCCCUACCCGUAAACGAAUUGGGCUACACACCGGGUGUGCCUCCGCGUGGACCCACGUUUUGAAAGCGGCUCGGUUUGUCUCCGCGGUCCGCACGAGCCAUAUAACAAAAAAAAAAAAAAAAACCGCGCACCCCAAUAUUUCCCCUAAUUCAACCCCGCACAAACAGCAACACAAACGCACACGAAAGCGAAAAGAAGCGUGGUGGUGGGUGUCAUUAAGAUCGAAACGCGUCCUGCAUGUAAAAAUCUGGCAGCAGCAGACCAACGCACCAGCUAGUCCGUGUGCGGCGUGUGUAAGGCAAUUGCCAGCGAAACGGGAGCCGUUGUGAGCGUGCCGGACGAGCAGCGCAGUGUGUAGUGGCCGUACUCCGUCGUGCACAAGCCGCCCCCAUUCUACCCACGCUGUGUAGAUGGUUGUUGGUGGCUCCCCAGCACCGGGAGCGCAACCUUCCCAGUGACAGUGGCAGGUUGCGAAGAGGCAAGGUCCGGCACCCGCAGAGGACGACCACGGCGACGACGACGACGGAGACGGAGGCGACGACGACCACUAGACCGCCACGAGCCGACAGUGGCAGCGCGGGAGAAGCAAUGGUGCCGCCGCAGGCCAACGCCAAGUGGUCGUAAUACUCCUGCCCACGCUGCUCCGCCCGCACCACCACCCACCAAUCAACUCUCCAUCCAGCACACCGCCACCUCUGUGUCCAGCACCGCUAUCAGCACCCUCUAUCAACCCGUACCGUCCCGUACUGCGCGAUGCCCGGCAUAGUAGUGUUUCAGCGACGAUGGUCCGUCGGCUCGGACGAUCUCGUAGUUCCCGGUCUGUUCCUGCUUGUCAUCCAUUUCAUAUGGCUCGUCGUGUUGAUGGUGAUGACGCUAACGUUUCACUUCGAUCGAGCGGAGUAUUGCAUACUACAGCUAUGGUACUUCCAGAUCGGGUACAUGAUACUGCUGGCAGUGUGCAUGUGCCUGGAGCUGUCCAUCUGCGUAGUGUCGAUGCGGGGCAGCAUCCUCGACACCGAGCCGAGAGCGUCGAUGCAGUACCUGCUGUACGCCCGCGUCCUGCUGAUGCUGGUCGAUCUCGGGCUGCUGACGGCCGGCAUCAUCUGGCUGCGCGAUAACUACGCGACCUGCCCGGCCGAGGAACCGAAGGAGGUGGUGCUGGCCGCGAUCGCCUGCAAUCUGUUCGUGAUACUGAGCAUGUUCACAACCGUCUGGUGCACCUUCGAUCCGGCCGGCCGGUCGUGGGUGAAGAUGAAGAAGUACCAGCGGUCGAUGCGCGAGUCCGAGUCGCGGUUCAACUACAAGCGGAGCGGCAGCCGGAGCCGCAACUGGCGCCAGCGCAAGGUGAUCCGAGCGUACCAGGACAGCUGGGACCAUCGGUGCCGGCUGCUGUUCUGCUGCAUGGGCAACAGUGACCGCAGCCGCAACUCGUUCACCGACAUUGCCCGCCUGUUGAGCGAUUUUUUUCGCGACCUCGACGUGGUACCCUCGGACGUGGUGGCCGGCCUGGUGCUGCUGCGCAAGUUUCAAAAGCUGGAGCGGGAAGUUAUCGUGCGACAGCAAAAGAACGGAACGCACAAGUUUCUAUCGGGAGUCCCCAUUACCGCUAGUACCCAGUUCCUGGCCCUCAACGACCCGGUAGACUACGAUCACUUCCAGGCGGUCAUUCGGUACAUGUACUUUGCGCAAGGUGCGUACGGUUGGCCCAUGUAUCUGAUGAGCCACUCGAGCACCGGCGUAUGUCAAUUGGCGUCCGAGCUACGGUACUGCUUUUGCAGGCGAAUGCAGGUCGACGUGGUGGACGAUAACUGCUGCUUCUGCAACUACGCGGCGUUGAAAAAGAUGCUGGAGCUGGGUGAGGUUGAGGUGAUCUACGCUACAUAUCACGUCGAUAUCGCCGAGACGCCGUUCUUCGUUGCGAUCGAUUACAACUACAACAAGAUCGUCAUCAGCAUCCGCGGUACGCUCAGCAUGAAGGACGUGCUCACCGAUCUGAAUGCCGAGGGUGAGCCACUGCCGCUGAACCCGCCGCGGGAGGAUUGGCUCGGGCACAAGGGUAUGGUGCAGGCCGCGAUCUACAUCAAGCAGAAGCUGGAGGAGGAGAAUCUCAUCCAACGGGCCCUCAAGCACAAUCCGGCCCGGGGAACGCAAGGUUUCGGUCUGAUACUGGUGGGCCAUUCGCUCGGUGCCGGUACGGCGGCCAUACUGGCGAUACUGAUGAAGCAGGAGUACGAGGUACUGCAUUGCUACAGCUACUCGCCGCCAGGGGGAUUGUUAAGCAUGCCUGCGGUAGAGUACAGCAAGUCGUUCAUCACCUCCGUGGUGGUGGGCAAGGAUGUGGUACCGCGCAUCGGGCUCUACCAGAUGGAGGCGCUUCGGGCGGACCUGAUCAAUGCGAUCCAGCGCAGCAUCGACCCGAAGUGGAAAACGAUUGCCUGCUCGGUGAUUUGCUGCUGCUGCGGGCCGGAACCGACCUCCGUGAUGAUGAUGUCGACGAAGGACUCGAACGUGCAGCGCUACAAGCAGGACCGCAACAGUGCCCGCCAGAGCACGGUACACCCGAACGACAACUCGAUUGCACUCACGCUGCACCAUCCGCUUUAUCCGCCGGGUCGCAUCAUACAUAUCGUUCGACACCAUCCAGCCCAGGAAGAGCAAAUGUUGAAAAAGCGUGACCCAGUGUACCAAGCGAUUUGGGCCGACAAUAAGGAUUUCGACGAGGUGCUCAUCUCCCCGGUGAUGAUACAGGACCACAUGCCCGACACCGUACUGGCAGCACUAGAGAAGGUCGUCGCGUCAAUUGGACCGCAAAAACCGCACCGACAGUUCACUAGCCCACCGCCGGUCGCCCCGGACGUCGGGGCCGGCCCGCUAGCGUUCGGAGCACAGUCAACCGUAAGCCAAACACUUCCACCCACUCUCGCCUCACCUGUCGCACAACAUAAGAUCUGUCUGGAAACUUCUUUUACCAACAUGCAAUUGCUACAGCUACACCGGGGCGAGUCGCACCAGCAGCAGCACCAGCAGCAGCCGCAUCCGUUCGCCGACCAUUCGAAGGCGUCAUCGCUAGCUGGUAGCGUGGUGCUCGGGCAGCCGAGCGCCCAGUCCAGCCUGGUCGACGACAGCGGCAUCCCGCAGAGCAUCUCCGGCCCGAGUGAGGUGACCACUGUGAUCCUAGCGGAAGUACAAAGCGCGGCUCCCCCGCUGGCAGCCGUAACAUCACCACCACCGUCAGCACUACCCUGCUCCAUCUUAGCCACCGCGCGCGUCCCGCCGACCGCCGGCAAAACGCUCAACUUUAUCGCCUCGGCGAACCCGACGCGUAACGAUAUGUACCUCAUGUUUCAGCCGGCCCCGGUGGCCGGUGGCCCGGUCCGGGGCGACAGCCUGUCCCUAGGCAUAACGCGCCGCAACUCGUACGAGGUGCAGAAGAUCGAUCUGAUCCACGACGACUGGUUCGGGAUGGCGCCGCUCGCCAGCCCGGAAAGCCUGUCCGAGCUGUCCAGCAUCAGCUCGCGGGCCAGCAUGUCCCUGCCGGACAAAUGCUUCGAGGGAGGGGCGGCGGGCAACGGCAGUGGCAAGGAGGCGCGCCAGCAGCGGGCGCCCACUGACCCGCUCGCGGCGGAGUCGCAGCUCCACACGCCCAAGGUUCUGCGCCGCACGCCGAAGGUGACCGGCAAUCUGUCGACCUGCGCGGAGGACGCUCGCACCGUCUACCAGUAUAAGCGGAUGGGCAAAAUCUUCGUCCUCAAUCAACCAUCGUCUGAUUCGAGCACCACGCUGGACAGCUACGACAACGAGCAAGCGGUAGUGGCGGCAUCCGGCUCCACUUCGCUCGAGGAAAACGGGCUGCUGGCGACGAUCAGCGAGAAGGAUAUUGCACCGCUCGUCGCUGCCAGUGGCAGCAGGGCGCCGGCUGCGGUGGACGAUCCCAAUGGUAACAGCACCGCCCGGUGCAUCUCCAGCUGCCCGGCCUGUCCCUGUCGGACGGCCGCGGGCGGAAAAUGCUGUCCCAAGUUUAACCACCGCGAGUGUUACAACUACAAGUACACGUCGUUCAACGUCUUCAAGUUUAGCAAGGCGAGCAGCAGCAGCAGCAGCAGUGGUACCACCAUUCCGCCCCCACCUGUAGUAGGAAACGAGGACAAUAAUAAUGUUUACCAAUCUCCUUCGCUCCAUUCCGGGCCGGCGGUGAAGGCUGGCCUGCUCGAGUCACACUUUCCAGUAUUCUACGGCAAGGGUGGUGGUGGUGGUAGUGUGGAUGAGAGUGCAGCGGCCGGCACGCCUUCCUCCUCCAUCUCGCCGCCCGCUACCAUUGCGCGAUCCAUCAAACCGUUGGUUCCGAUACGGCUCGGUGGCGUCGUGCACCACGACUCGGUGGUCAUGGUGGCGGCGGCGGCGACGGCCAAUGCGCACGAGCCACGAAACGAAACCUUCCCGCUGCUGGUCAACCUGGCCGAACAUUCGUCCCCGAACGGGGGGUUUGGGCGCAGGAAAAACACCGUACAUCCGACCGACCGGCAGCUGAUCGCGGUCGAUGGGUUCCAUCCGCCCGGCGCGGACAGUGCCGAUGGGCCGGGUUUGUCCAUCGGCUCCCAUCAUUCCCUUAGCGGCAGCGGCGGCAGCAGCAAGCAGCAGCACCUCGCCCAGCAGGUGCACCAAAGCGAAAGUAACGUCUAAUUCCACCCCCUACCCAUCCCCCUGUUGUUGAGCCCAAACCCAACGUAGAAUGAACGUGACCGCGGGAUAAAAGUAUGCUUUACUUAUGCUAUUUUUUAAAUCUCAAAUCACACUACUAAAUCACUUUCCCCAACCGAAAUGGACUGUGUUAGUGUCUUGCGGUCAUCAGAACAAAAACUUUUUGUUGAUUCAGGGGCAUAAGAGGAGUUUGUGGUCAUGCCGGGUUUUGCUCAGCCUUCAAACAGAUGACAUUAUACCAGCAGACACCAAACGCUGGAAUAAAUCAAUAGAGCUUUGUUAACCAUAGCUCUUGAAGUUGAAGCCUAAGACCUAUGACCUGUGUUUGGUCUUUUUUCUAUGCAGAACUUGAAGAAGUUGAGUUGAAAAAUCAUCUACUGAGUGCAAAAAAAAGACUGCAGGCAGCUACAAUAUCAGAAGAUGAACAGUCCUGAACCUUGCAAAGGGUAUGAAGCGUAAGGCUGUAAAAAAAACAACAACUUUUUGCUUUUAGACUUUUAUCCCGACGGCAGGCGUCCCUGUGGGCUGUGGGCGAUGAUGAAUCGCGUCUAGUUCGCUAAUUCACUUGACUUCUCCCGUGACAGUGAGUGGAGUGAUAUUAAGAAUUACCUCCAGAGGUUCGGAAUAGGAAUACGAUUUUUUAUUCGCGUCUGUUGACUACUGCUCCCUGGCAACCACUACUUUUGCUCAACCAGGACCAAGCGGGACCCGAAGAAGUGUACAGUUGUGCCAAAAGCAAGAGACAGAUGGAGAGAAAUAGAGAUAAAGAGAAGUAAUAAGAACAAGCAAACAAAAAAAAAACAAACAACAACAAACAAAAACGAAAUCAAACCAGCGCCUGCAGAAGCGCAUACCCGCGCCCGCACGUGGUCCCGUGCGCUACGGGAUCUUUUGCCAGCGGAUUUGCACAUUCCCGGACGACUGCAGCGGGGGCAAUGUUAUUAUCAUUUCAGGAGCGGCCAGUGUUUGCUGGCAUUUUGUUUUGGGUCGAGGAGGUUUUGUUGAAAUUACAUCCCCGUCAAAAAUGAUAGUACCUCCAGAUUGAUUUGGUGUUCACUAAAUGCUAGUCAAAUAGUAGGGAUAUAUAUAUAUAUAUAUAUAU